AGUGAAACGUCAUCUUUAUGAGACUGUAUUUACAUCAUGGCGGCGGUGGAUUUCAGAGACAACCUUCUUGGGAUAUCCUGGGUGGACAGUGGUUGGGUGCCAAUUCUCAAUCCUGGAAAUGUGCUCGACUAUUUCUCUGAGAGAAGCAACCCCUUCUAUGACCGAACCUGCAAUAAUGAGGUAGUAAAGAUGCAGCGGCUCACUCUGGAACACCUGAAUCAGAUGGUGGGAGUGGAGUACAUUCUUCUUCAUGCUCAGGAGCCAAUUCUUUACAUAAUCCGUAAACAGCAGAGGCAGUCACCAACACAAGUGAUUCCCAUGGCUGACUAUUACAUCAUAGCAGGAGUGGUGUAUCAGGCCCCAGACCUGGGAACAGUUAUCAGCUCCAGAGUGCUUUCAGCUGUUCAUGGAAUUCAGUCUGCUUUUGACGAGGCCAUGUCGUACUGCCGUUAUCACCCUUCAAAAGGAUAUUGGUGGCACUUUAAAGACCAGGAGGAGCGAGAAAAAUCCAAGCCCAAGUCUAAGAAGAAAGAAGAGCCAAGUUCUGUGUUUCAGCGGCAUCGUGUUGACACACUCCUCUUGGAUUUGAGGUCUAAAUUUCCACCAACUUUCUAUCAGCCAAAGCCUGGUGAGAAGCCUAUUCCAGUUGAGGUGAAGAAGGAACCCGAACCUCCCGCAGAAGCAGUAAAGCAAGAGGAGAGGGAACCAGCGACCAAGUCCUCGGCCCCGGCUCCACCCAGCAAACCUCCUCCUGAGAAGAGGGCAAGACUACAGUGACCCACGUGAAGUGGGAGCGUGGAACAGUGCAGUGCACAAAUGAGCGAGGGGGAAGGCCUCAGAUGUAAAGUGUUAGCAUUUUCUUUUCCAGAGCAGCAAGACAGUCUGACUCCGUGCUAGUUUGAUCAGUUUACAGUUGCUUGUCUCAGUGCCAGGACUUCUUUUACACUGCAACCCUAUUCCUCUACACCCUGUAGGCUCGGCAUCGUGGGUAUUCUAGGAAGCUCUACUAGGAACUGUAGUUAACAUCCCGAUGUCAGCAGGCGUUUUGCAGUGGAUGAGGGUUUUUUGAUAAGCUCACAUUGACAGCAGUUCUUUCUUACUGUUACCAUAAGCAGAACGUUUCAGAGGACAGUUUAAUUUCCAGCCUGCGUAACAAUUCUUCAGAGAUCACUAAAUCUCCUGACCUGAGCAUAUUUCUUUUAGUUGUGGACACUUUCAUUUGUUUUAGGAAAAAAAUAAACAGUUGUUUCAUU